AUGGCAGAGACGGCCGACGGCAGCUCGGCAACCGCAACGGUGAUGCAAGAUGAAGUUGCCGAUAAAGCUGCAGCUCAUGAUGAUCCAGCAAGGAGCUCUUCCAAAGCCGAUGAGCCCGUGGCACUCAAAGAGAAGGAACAGCCGGCCACUCCCGGUUCUGGAGGUCCACAUGGCCAUCCUCCAGAAGCGGGAGAUGAAGAUCAGGAGGCCGGGAGGCGAGUUCGACAGCUCCAAGAGCAGCAGUGGCUGCAGCACAGGAUGCGGCAGCGAAUCUGCCAGGGCCUUGCCAGCGAGGAUGUGACGGCUCCGCCAUGUCCUCCGCUCCUUCCCAUGCAGGCACAAGAAUAUGCCGGGCAAGCUGCGUUCGACGGCUUGCCUGUAGCGAUCACAGGCCCGUUCCGAGAAACGCCGCGAAUGGAUCCACGCGAUGAGCAGGUGUGGGCCGACUUCAGGUCUGCGUUCAAGAAGUGGGGCACCCAAGUCGUCCUCCAAGCAAAGGUCGCAUCAGAGCAGCUGUGCCUGACAGCUCUUAGCUCUGGCUGGGCGAUCUUCGAGUUCAGCAUUCGAAGGUCGCGCACUCUGGAUUUUUUGCGGGACGAAACAGGGCAAGGCAUUUGCAGUGGGCCCGAACCUGGCGUGCAUCAGACGAUCAAGAGCUUCUUCCCUCAAGCCCGGGUUCCAGGGCUUUCUCGGCAUCGCGGGCCGCGGGGUGGAGACGAACCCGACAUCCACCGCUGGAGACUUCCCAGUUGCCGAUGGAUGAUGACGAGCUCAUGCAGUGUGUGCCCGAGCAGGAGCCGCGGGCGACGGCCUUCCAACCGAUCAAGUUCAAGAACGGCCUGGUUGGCAUCCGUGGGGAUUAUUACGGCCAAGGCAGCCAGGGUCCUCUGCCCGAAGGCCAGAACUUCUUUCAGUGCUUCAGCUGAGGGAUUCUGCGUGCCUGCAGCACGUCGUUGGCACACCGAAGGCUUUGAGUACCCGGGAACCCAGCUGCGAGCGCAGCUAUGCCUCACCGCGACCGGACUCGCGCGGCUCAAACAGCAGCGACUUCUCCGGCAGCUUUCGGCAAACGUACUGCGGCAGCACCGUAAACGUUAUCCUCUUGACAAGCCGCCAAGACAGCUCCAAGUCCGGUAUAGGAGAGACGGUUUGGUUCGAUCGGUUCCAGUCGGUUCCAAGCGAAGUGCUCCAACGCGCGAGCGUCCACUUGCUCAAAGAAAUCUUAGCGAGGAGCACCUUGGCUCUGAGUUGCCGCGUCCUGCAUCACGCCCGGGGACUCCACGAGGCGAAGACUCGAGCCGAUCUGACAAGGAGGUGCAGAAGAUCAUCCAAGCGGCGAAGCGAAGGCAACUCGAGGAAGCCAGCCUCCUCGGGCUUCAGGGGGUGCCUGCGGUCAGCGGGCCAAGAUUGACGGAAGCAAAUCAGCGAGGCUCAAGCUUGAGCUCUGCUCGAUCGAGACCACAAACGGCAGGGAGAUCCGCUGCUGCAGCACAGGUCCCGCGACCGCGCGCGCAGGGCCGCAACUGGCGCGGGGUGGAGCGACCACCUUCGGCCAGGUUGGAAUCCGAGCGCAUGGACAACUCCAUCGCCGACCAACGCGUCCACCUUCAGAGUGGGCCAGGUCCGUCCAGGGCACAUCACAUGGGCUGUGCAGCAGGCCACAGCACCCAGUAUUCCUGCAGAUCCGAGGUUUGGUGGCAGAAGAGCCCUGGGGCAGACAGGCGCCGCCAGGGCGAUUUCGAGAAAUGCACUCUGCCCUCGCAGCAGCCCAGCUGGGAGAGCGAAUUGGGUUAUGGUGCAGAGGAGGCCAGUGGUCACUGGCCUUCUGGGAGGCCUCGCAAGGCCGGGGAUUUGCCACCGCUGCCCGGUGCCGAGGGUGGCAAGGCGCAGAGCCUGGGGCUCUUCAUGGUGCCGCCGCCAGAGGCCCCUCAGCCCGCAUGGACGAAGAGUUCAAUCCAACCUCAAGAAGGAGGUGCUUAG